ACUUUGGCCCCUUUACAGAGCAUGUGUUUCUCUCAGAGUGACUACAUGGUGUACCGCUAACACUUGUGUCACUCAAAUAAUUUUAGUGGAGAAAGAAAGUGUCAUAGCCAUGGAGAAAAGUGGUCAGGGAGUGGGUCGGUGCAAGUUUGCAUUUUGGUUUGCUGUAUUUCAUGACGUAUUGGGACUCCUGAUCCUCUUGUCUGGCGUGUUUUGGGAUAUCUUCUUCAAUGACCUUCUGAUCUACUCUGGAGCUGUGGUCAUUUUUCUCAGCCUUAUCUGGUGGGUGUUUUGGUACUCUGGGAACAUCGAGGUGCCUCCUGCAGAGCUGGAGGACGACAUCACUUUGUACAAAAAGAACAAGGGAAUUUCUGGAGUGGUGCGCAAAGUCUCUGAUCGUCUCUCCAAUGGACUUAGUUCAUUCAGGAAAAGUGGAAGACGCAGUGUCCCGAGGGGGAACUCGCAUCAAAACGGCACCAACAACGCAAAUAUCUGCAUGAUCUCCUAUACAAACACUCAGCCACUAGGACCAUCCUACAACCUGAACAGGGAGCCGUUAUCCAUAUAAUCCGCAGCAGUGUGAAGAACGCAGCCUCUGGACAGCUGUGCCCUGUCAAGCAAGCAAAUGAUUGGAAUGACAUGUUGGAGGCAUAUUUCUAAUUUCAUCAGUGUUGUUUCUCUGUUUCAUAUUUAUGAUACUACGUAAAUGCUCUA